AUGCGGCGCACGGCUCGUUUUUUUGUGUACGAGAAGUUCGAGGGCAGCAUUGCCGGUGACAAGGGCUACAUGACGUACCAGCAGGCGUGCUCCAUCUUUGGGUUUCAAAUGAGCGACCGAUUAGAGGCGGGCGAGAUCAAGAAGAGGUUCAACCAACUGGUGCUGCGGUAUCACCCUGACCGCGGCGGAUCAAGUGAGCAGUUCCAGCUUCUCCGGGAGGCGCACAAGAUCCUCUUGACACACCGCCAUGACAAGGGCGACGCCACCAGCACAAAAACCAGAGAUAUAAACUUUAGGCGGGUAAAUUACGACACCGUGACGAAUACAAUUCACCGGGAGACGGCGGAAAAUCCAGAGUAUCGUUCGUUUAGUUUGCAGGAUAUCGCAUUUUUUAUUGUCUUCCUGUCUCUUGUGAUGAGCUUUUACUUGUACCGGGCGUGGCGGACACAGAUGCACGUGCUUCGUAGCAGGUGGAGCUACACGGAGGGCCGCCUUAGCCCCGAGGCGGCCCACCACGAUGUGAAGGCGUGGCAUCCGUGGCGCUCUGACCAUGGCACGCGGGAUGCAAUGGAUGACAUUGGCAUCCUGCAGGGAAGCAUAAAGCGUGAAUUAGUGGAGGAAAAACGGCUGCAGGCGCCUACUGUAUACAUGCCAUGGCAGCCAGGCGGUCCCUUUGCGAAGGGACAACGGGUUGUGCCUGAGGAAGCCUCAUCGACAACUGGGGAAGAGCGUUGA